AUGUCUGCUUCGCCGAUCCAUACUCCCAUGUCAUCUCAGAACAGCACCUCCAGCCUCGGGGCGCUCAACAUCCAAAACGGCGAGAUUAGCGUGAAGCAGCAGAUCCAGAACUCUAUCCGGGAUGUACACGAGAGGCUUCCUGCUUCUGCUUCAGCGGCGGACUUCCAUCGUCAGGUUAUGGAGGAUCUCCGUUCGAACAUCGAUAUGUCUCAACUUCCCCCAGCAUCGCCCAUUCCGUCAGCUCCGCCCACCCCUAGGUGCUUCUUCAAUGAUCUCGCAUUUGACACCUCCAAGACCCUCAGCCUGAUGUCCGACACUGCCGCUCGCACUGCAUCCUCAGGCUCGACGACAUUUUCGCACACCGCCCUCGCCACAUCCAUCAGCAGUCCGCACGGUAUAGGCACAGGUCGUGGGGCAGCCCCCAACCAAGUUCUUCGAGGCCUAUCCAAGUUCGUCGAGUUUGCCCGCUUCGCCGCGACCUUGGGUGGAGGGUCCAUUAGUGAGGAGUUGGAACAGACUCUUCAUCUUCUGGAGUCCGUCGAAGGCCACGGUACCGAGAAGCUAGAGGUGGUGAAGAACCUGCUCACCCCAGGAUCGCUUCCCUUUCUGAAGCGAACGCUGAAGGAUAUUCUCGAGCUAAUCUUGCAACCUACCAAGGCGGAGCAGUGGCGUGACGAGCCUGAAGUGGUCACUCAGGAUACAGACAUCGCACAGGUCGAAGAUGGCGCACCGGAGAUGAGAGUUGGAAGCGACCUGAAAGAACUCUUCACAGGAGAAGACAUCGACCACAGCCAAGUGUCACAAGACACAAAGCUCACGGAGCCUGCUACCAGCAAUAGCCCGCAGAAAGACGACGUGCAGACAAAGCACGCGCCGCUCCACGACUGUGGCUACCAUGCAAAGGCUUUGUCAACAGAGGCCACCAAGCCCAACACAAAGACCACGACGACAAAGAUCACCCAAGGCGACGUCCAAGGACACACCUCGAUUAAAUCCAGCCUCAUCAGCAACCCGGUGGGAGCCAUCAUGCGACAAAAACCCAAGAUCCAUCAGGUCACGAUGUCUAAGCCACCAAGCCCUGCGUCCAAGAGCAUACCGCAGAAUGAUCGUCAACCCGAUACUGGAGCUCUGCCAAGCCUCGACCAGGCACACAGUAGUGCCACCUCCGCGCUAUACAGUAGUAGCAAUUCUCAAGUCGAGCCUCGCAUGUCCCCAGUAUCCAUCGUAGGACCUAAGAUCCGCCGCAAGAAGGCUCCUAGUCUCUUUAGGACCGAUGUUCGCAUGGGCCAACGAGGCGACACACCCAUCAACCGCCGGCCAGUUACCAUGAAUCCUCCGCCGAAGCAACCUCAGCACACCACAGCUGCUCUCCCACAGUCACUUCAAGCCGAAGAUCUCGAGGGCGAGGCUCGUGCGCUCCGAGCUGUGGCGGCGCUACAAGCCAAGAUUUCAAACGCAGCUAAUGCGCCUCCGAAGUCGAGGAUCCUUCAUGGCGACGAUGUACCUGCAGACACUGGUCAGAGCAACGAUCACGGCAAGCGCGCACCGGACGCUAAAAGGCGCAAGGUCCUUACCGAAAAGGGACCCGCCCCAACGAGGGGUAGCAAGUGGAUGAAGAAAAUCGGGUCUCAGGUAAAGCAGGAUCUCCCACGGGGCCGCAACGGCAAGCGCAGGUAUGAUGGCGAAGACGAUUCGGGAAGCAAAAGACCCAGGAUUUAG